UGCCAGUAAAUAAUAAUCCAUCUUCCUCACACUGACAUAGUUGCUCUCCACCCUAUAUACAGACAGAUCUAUAAAAUAAAAAUCCAUGCGAGGUGGCCAGGGCCGGGAGUGAAGGCACAUGCGCGAGUGUUUGUGCGCGCUCGCUCCCACGAAACCCGGCCAUCUCUGCAGCCGGAGGAUAGAUGAUAACUGCGCUUUCGCGGCCACCACUCCUGACCUUACAGCAGUGGCCAUAACCCCUAAAAACAAGCAUAAAGUUUGGGGUUAUAAACAUGACAUUUACAGGAGUUACAUCCACAUUUGAAAAUGAAAGUAUAUUCAAGAAAUGUUUACUGGAGGCCAAGGAAUGGAUAUAAAGUGGAUUACGGAGGUGAGACAACCCCCUUAAGGAGCCUCCCCAGUGCUUCCUUAAUAACGCCCCCUUCCCCCGCUGAGCUCCUCUUACCUGUCCUGGUACAUUGGCAGUCGGAACAGAGAAAGGGGGAAGAGAGUCUGCACUGCUGGGCUGAGGAGAAGAUGUCCUCCCGUGUAGCUCUUCUAUGGAUUGACCUACGCUGGAGUCUAGUCUGCACAGAAGACGAUGGCGAACGUCUUGAUAAGAACUUACAAGAACAGAGACUAUGACGUCGUACUUGAGAUAUUUGCCCAGGGGAUAAUGGACUACCUCCCCAGUACCAGCAUGUAUCUGCUGGGGCUUCAUCAGGUUCAUGUGAUUAUCCUUGUUUCGUUUAUCACCUUCUACUUGGUCUUCAGCUCUUUCCUUGUGUCUUCGUUGGGUGUGGUGGCCCUUUUGGCUGGAGCUCGCCUUCUUCUUGAAUUUGUCUUUCAUAAGAUUAUAAAGAAGGCCCACAAGUUGGACUUACAGAACAUAGAAGAGUCCUACAUGUCUGGGCAGAACUCCUGCUUUUGGGUGGCAGAAGUCAAUGGUCGGGUUGUUGGUAUGGUUGGUGUCAAACCUGUCCAAGGAUCUCCCCAUGAAGUGGAACUGAGACGACUGUCUGUGGCCAAGGAGCACCGGCACAAAGGGAUUGCUAGAAGGCUUUGCAUGCACGUCAUUGACUAUGCCCAUCAACGUGGAUAUGAACACGUGACUUUAAAUACCUCGACCAUACAACAUGCGGCUCAUAAGCUCUACCUGAAAUUGGGGUUUAGAAAAACAAAAUCCAAGCCGGUGUCAGACCCAUUUGGAAGACUGGUAGAUGUGACUGUCACCUAUUACACGUAUGAUAUAAAGGCAUAACUUGUACCCCAAAGUUCUAGGAACAGCGAAUGCUGUGAAUACAUGAUCUUUUGACUCGUUUUCUAGAUCUUGGUGUUUAUAUGUUCUGAUUA